ACUAGGCCCAAUAAUUGUUGUUCUUCCUCAUAAACCCUUUUUUUCUUCUUCGGACCUCAUAAACCCUAAUUUCAUUUUUUUUUUUCUUGAAUAAUCGAACACUAAUCGAUUCACUGGUUAUUGUAUUGUCUUUGUCAUGUUUUCUCUCAUACUCCAUGGAAGAAGGUCUGUGGAGUUGCAGAAAUGGCGUAAUUUAAGAGUUUUUACAGUGAGCAUUGUGCAAAAUGCAUUUGCUUUUACCAACUCGUUCUCCUCUACAACAGCUGGGGAUGUGAGUAUUACUUUUACAGUCUCUUAUCUGGUUAAAUCAUUGGGUUUAACUACAAGGCUCGCUGAAUCAAUCUCAAGGAAGGUCAGUUUCGAGGACAAGGCUAAUGCGGAUUCAGUUCUGAAGCUGCUUAGAAGCCAUGGGUUUAAAGAUUCUCAGAUCUCCACGAUUGUUAGGUAUUACCCAGAAUUGCUUGUAACUGAUGCUGAGAAAUCUCUUCGUCCUAAGCUCCAGAUUCUGCAGUCAAGAGGAGCUUCAAGCUCUGAGGUAACAGAGAUUGUUACCAAAGUUCCGGCCAUCUUGGGAAAGAAAGGUGAAAAAUCUAUCAGCUUGUACUAUGAUUUCGUCAAGGGUAUUAUGCAAGGAGGUGAGAGUUCUUCCAAGUGUGUAGAUUUGUUAUGUCAUUCUUUGGCAGAGGGUAAGAGACAGAACAAAAUGCGAAAUAUAUUGGUUUUGAAAGAAUUGGGAGUGCCUCACAAGUUGUUGUUUUCAUUGCUCAUCUCUAGUUCUCAACCUGUUUAUGGUAAAGAGAAGUUUGAAGGAACACUCAAGAAAGUUGUUGAUAUGGGUUUUGAUCCAGCCAAAGCAAAAUUCGUGGAAGCUUUGCGUGUAGUCUACGAGAUGAGCGAUAAAACCAUAGAAGAGAAAGUCAAUGUCUAUAAAAGGUUAGGCUUAAGUGAAGUGGAGAUAUGGGCAAUUUUCAAGAAGUGGCCUUUCUUUUUGAAAUUCUCCGAGAAUAAGAUUAUUCAGACGUUUGAAACACUGAAGAAGUGUGGUCUGGUGAAGGAAGAGGUCCUUUCGGUGUUGAAGACUCGUCCACAAUGCAUACGAGCUUCAGAGAAGAAGAUAUUGGACUCUAUUCAAACGUUUCUAGACUUAGGGUUCAGUAGAGAUGAGUUCAAGUUGAUGGUUAUGCGAUAUCCUAACUGCACUGCGUAUUCUGCAGAGAUGAUGAAGAAGAAGUUUGAGGUUUUGGUGAAGAAGAUGAAUUGGCCACUAGAGGCUUUGGUUUUGCUCCCUGCGGUACUUGGAUAUAGCCUGGAGAAGAGGAUUGUGCCGAGGUGUAAUGUAAUAAAAGCUCUCAUGUCAAAAGGAUUGAUCGGAAGUGAAAACCCUCCGAUUUCAUCUGUCUUGGUGUGUAAUGAUCAGAUAUUCUUGAACAGAUACGUGAUGAAGCACAACAAGCUUGUUCCUAAGCUUAUGGCUAUCUUCACGAGAGAACGUGUCUCGUAGUUUCGUUUAAAUUUACAAGUGUCUGUAUCUGAAACCCAUUUUUGUAGUGUCAGUUCGACUUUGGAUCCGACUGGUUUUUAAUAUACAAUCCAAUUGGGGAAA